GGCGCUUCACCAUGACUGCUGGCCUGGAGAAAGCUUGUCAUCGGUGCAUAUCUAAAAUUGCCAGCAAUGUAUGCUUUAUAUUUGGGCUCCUUGCUUUCCUGGCUUUACCAUUGUCCAUGGCUUUUACAGGAAUGAAGUUUUUGGAAGACUGCCCAGUUCAGCCACUAAUCCCAUUAUAUCUGUUGGUGGGCGGCGUGAUUGGCAGCUUAAAGGUGACUCUCCUGCUGUACGACUCAACCAGGAUGAGGCAGCUGCUUUCCAAGUCUGUUGUGAUUGAUGAUGAUGAUGACGAUGAAUAUCCCUGGAGGCAGAAUGCUCACAAGUACUACAUCCACCUGACCCUCAGCCUCUUCCUCUUCCUUUGGUUCAUUCUUGGGAACUACUGGGUGUUUUCUGUGUACCUGCCAAAUUUCAUCCCACCUUUCCACCAGCCUCAGGAUUACUGUGAUAAAACCCUGUACAUUUUUGCUGUUGGUGUUCUCAUCGUUAGCCAUACUGUUCUCUUUCUCCUUAUCUUUUGUAGCUGCUGCAUAUAUUGUUUUUCCAGGCAAAGAUACUCUUCUGAGGAAGACUAAAUGCUACAGAAAUAAAGCCCUAGAUGCUUGGGAAAGGGUGUACACGAAGAGGAGGCAAUAAUUCACCCUUGUGUACAUCUGUGUUAUACUUGCAUGUAUGUAUGAUAGCUGCCAACUGCAGGAGGAAAUUGUAGAAUACCAUACCAUCUAGAAAUAGCUGAUCUGGAAUACAGCAUAGUCAUGUAAAAUUGCUGCUAGAGA